AUGGUGUUUCGUCUGCUGAUGCGCUAUCUGGCCAACAACGAGCAGCUCAUCCAGCGCAUGGCCGACAGCUAUCCCAUGCGCCGAGCUGCCCAAGUGGUUGUCUCGCUCAUGUAUCGCACUAAGAGCUUGGCCAGAGAGCAGGGAUUACACGAGAUGACUCCCGAGCGAUUCAAGUCAUUUGUGAAUAUGUUUAAGAACAAUGUGAGACAGGAAAUUGAAGGUGUCAAGCAGCAGCUGAAGAAUCAGAAGAAAAACUAAAUUAUUUGUUAAUAGUAUGAUGACUAAAUAAUUGUAGGAAUAUAAAAACAAAUUUUCCCGGUACAUCGAAUGUAGUUUUAAUUACGCGCAAAACAUUCCACAUAAAGUACAAAUAGGUUUAGAGUUUGUCAAACUUUGAAUUUAUUGUGUAAUUUAAAUACGUUUCAACGUAAUAACUUUUGAUAUUUGAAAAUUAGAAAU